AAUGGAACAAUAUUUCAAUCAAAAGCGUAACGAUCGUUUUCCUUCACGGGAGGAAAUCGCCUUCUCCUUCAAAGGGAUCUCUGUCUUUGUCUUUUUCAAAGUCCGUUCUCGAUUAUUUCAUGUCUAUUCAUAUGUCUUAUUAACAUGAUAUCGGUGAAAAGAAGAAAAAUAAUUUCGAUGGUUGUUUGUGAACGACUUGGAUAAAUGUGGAGGUAAUUGUUGUCGAAGAUAAGAUAAACUUCACGGGAUGAGCGACGUUAAGUUCGAGAAGGACAUGGAGGCCACAACUGAGAGCACGGAUGAUUAUGUGCUUCACCUUCCACGUCCACUCAACCUCGAGGAGAAGAAGUACCUGUUGGCCGUGGAGAGAGGUGAUCUGCCCAAUGUGAAAAGGCUUCUGCAACUUGCGAAUAAGGGCAAAGGAAAACAGCUGGACAUGAAUUGUGUGGACAGUUUAGGUCGUGGUGCUUUGACACUGGCGUUAGAAGCAGAAAAUUUAGAGAUGGUCGAGUUGCUCGUGGUGAUGGGAGUGGAAACCAAGGACGCCUUGCUCCAUGCCAUCGAUCAAGAAUUUGUAGAGGCGGUCGAGCUAUUGCUAGAACACGAAGAACUUCUUACGGCAAAUCAAGUGAUCGAAAAUGCUGAAAAGGAGAUUAUCCAUAGUUGGCAGAAGGUUGAUCCAGCAUCGGCUAGAUAUCCAAUGGACAUGACACCCUUAGUGCUCGCAGCACAACGUAAUAAUUAUGAAAUCUUAAAGCUUCUAUUGGACAGAGGAGCCACUUUACCGAUGCCACACGAUGUGAGAUGCGGCUGCGAUGAUUGCCUUCAGGCAGCUACUGGCGAUCCAUUAAGACUGUCAUCCACCAGGAUAUCCGAAUACAAAGCUUUAGCGAGUCCAAGUUUGAUAGCUCUGAGCUCUACGGAUCCUCUAAUGACGGCUUUUCGAUUGAGCUGGGAACUCAGAGAAUUAGCCAUCUCGGAGCCGGAAAGUAGAGGCGAAUACAUGAAACUGCGACGACAAGUGGAAAAAUUCGCGGUCGAUUUAUUGCAACAUGUUCGAACCACCAUGGAACUGGAUACCAUCUUAAAUUAUGAUCCUAAGGAAGAGAAUGUCGAGCUCAGCAAACAAUUGGCUCGACUGGAACAGGCUAUUGAAUAUAAACAAAAAAGAUUCGUUUCGCAUUCUCACGUUCAACAACUCUUGGCAGCAAUUUGGUACGAAGGUGUUCCCGGAUUUCGAAGAAUGUCAACCACGCAAAGAGUCGGUAUUCUUGUGAAAACGGCAGUUUUGUUUCCAUUUUAUUGUAUGAUAUACUAUCUGAUGCCCGAGUCAAAAACUGGACGACUUAUGCGAAGACCUUUCAUGAAAUUUUUAGUUCAUGCGUCGUCCUAUUUAUUCUUUUUAUUUAUACUCAUGCUGGUGUCACAGCGUGCGGAAGUGGAAAUCGUUAGACUUCUAGGCACUCAGGAAAUGAAGAGAAAUCUCGAAGCUUAUUUAGCUCGGCAAAGGGGCGCAGCUCCUACUCCUCUCGAAGGUAUCGUCGUGCUUUACGUUUUUGGAUUCGUAUGGGAAGAGAUAAGAGAGGUAUACAUCGACGGUCUAAAGUCUUAUUUACGGGACAUGUGGAAUUUUAUCGACUUUACCAGAAACAUGCUCUACCUGGCGACCGGUGUUCUCAGACUGGCGGCUUAUCUUCAACAACGUACCGAGAUAGGAAUAGAUCCAUCCGCCGCUUUGAUACCGCGAGAGAACUGGGGCGAUUUCGAUCCGCAACUGAUUGCGGAGGGUCUCUUUGCCGCGGCGAAUGUUUUCAGUGCCCUGAAACUUGUCCAUCUUUUCAGCAUCAAUCCACACCUGGGGCCGCUUCAGAUAUCGCUGGGCAGAAUGGUGAUCGACAUUGUAAAGUUCUUUUUUAUCUAUACCUUGGUGUUAUUCGCCUUCGCCUGCGGCUUGAACCAGUUACUGUGGUACUUUGCAGAGCUGGAGAAAAACAAGUGUUACAGUGGAAUGUUAGAUCCCUCGUGGGACGCCGGGAGUGAUGCCUGCUUAAGAUGGAGAAGAUUCAGCAAUUUGUUCGAGUCUUGUCAGAGCCUCUUCUGGGCUAGUUUUGGUAUGGUUGGCAUCGAAACCUUCGAACUCACUGGCAUCAAGUCGUACACUCGAUUCUGGGGCCUGUUGAUGUUUGGAUCGUAUUCCGUCAUCAACGUGAUUGUCCUGCUAAAUCUACUGAUAGCUAUGAUGAGCAAUAGCUAUGCUGUCAUCGAGGAACAUUCUGACACGGAGUGGAAAUUUGCGCGAACGAAAUUAUGGAUGAGCUACUUCGAAGACAGCGGAACUCUUCCGCCGCCCUUCAAUAUCUUUCCGCCACCGAAGCUGCUUUUCCGAUUCUUCGGCUUGAAGAAGAAAUCCAUCGGUAGACAUUCCAGCCAACGUCGACGUGCACGCGAACACAAAUAUGGAGCUGUUAUGAGAGCUUUGAUAUGGCGUUACAUUGUGAACGCGCAUAGCGAGCAUGAGAUGGAACCUGUCACUGAAGACGAUGUACACGAACUUAAAUCUGAUCUGUCAUCAUGGAGAUGCGAACUUUUGGACAUUUUGCACAGAAACGGCAUGGAUAUUGGCGAUAUCGAUAAAAAAGAAAAGACCAUACUGGGGAAGAAGAUGAAGGUCUGGGAGCGAAGGCUUAUGAAAGACUUCCAAGUAGCAGGUCCUGUAAAUCCAGCUGACAGUGAUCUUCAAGAAGAAAUGGAUCUUCAACAACGCGAAAACGAAAAUAAUGCUGAAAGAUGGAGAAGAAUCGCCAGAUUAGCUGUAUUAACUUCGGCUGAACAUCGUUGGAAUCAGGUCGUAACAAACGUAGUUAAAAGCUCGCAAAUCGGUAAAAGCACCAGCAGGGCAUCGCUGCAAAAUCAGCAGAGCUUGAAGAGAGCGAUGGAGGAGGCGAAACGUCUGACACAAAAGAGUCCACUGCUACCAGUCGUCCCAGUCGAAUUACCAGAAACUACUGCGGCAACGAUACUGCACGUCCUCCAUGAAAUCGUCGAAAUCGAUGAUAAUGCUAAAACUCCGAGAAGCAAAACUCCGGAACCGAUUAGAAACGGCAUCGGUUCACAACCGUUUGAAUCCAUUCUUCAGCCUAAGCCUACAUCCUCGGUUGAUUUUGUUAACGAGACAACUACGAAAGCUGUAACGCCAUUGUUACCACUUCGCACAUCACCACCACGAGUGAUCAAGAGGAAAGCACCUAUUCAACCGAAUAUUCAGUCAACUGAACAAUCAUCAACUUCUACUCAAUCCAUGUCUACUACGAGUAUUGCUCCGACUGUCUCCACUACAUCUACAACUACUAUCGCCACGUCAAUGACUGCAACCACAACUACUAUUACCGCUGCUACUACUACAUCGAGUGCAACAAUUAUUUCUGCCACUACAAAGACCUCUACUGCCAAAUCCACUACUCCCACAAUCACUGCUGCUACUGCUACUACUACUGCAAAAUCCACUACUACUGCAAAAUCCACUACUAUUGCUACUUCUACUACUGCAAAAUCCACCACUACUGCUACUUCUACUAUGACAAAAACUGUUUCUAGCUCUUCCACAGAAAGUCAAAGCAAACCCGCAGCGACUACUGUCACAAGUACAUCCUUUACCAGCGUCAAAGAUGGAAGCAGUUCAAUCAGAGCACGACCGAAAGUUUCACAUAGUCCUAAACUUUCGAUUAUUCCGUCGUUAACGAUUGCCUCAGACAGUAACAAAGAUAAUGAUAGAGAGAAGCUUGUAGCUAUUACGCCGCGCAGUAAAUCAUCAAAAGGAGGGUGGCUUUAAAUCUAAGGCAAAACAUGAUAUUAAUCAAUUUAAAUGACAAAAUAUAUAUUAAUAAAA